UUUCCCUUUGCGGCUUUUUUCCUCUCCUCUGCUGGGGAUUGACGGGAGUUGCAGUGACAAUUACGGGAACCCGUUGGUCUCGCCCUUUUUUUCCAUUUCUCUCGGCUUACUUCCCCCGUCCUCGUCCGCCUUCUCUUCAGCAGGACACCUCCAUGGUCUGCGAGGGGCUGGGCGGCAUCUGCCCCCCCUGCGAGCCCUGGGACAGCGUGCGCGAGCGCGAGCGAGAGCCUUCCACCGAGUACGAGGACGAGAGGGAGGUGGUGCGCGAGCGGGACAGGCGUGUCAUGCAAGACGAGGCCACUGUGGGCACAGGCGAGGAGGUGAACGGCGCUCAGUCACCAUGACCCGUUAUUCCGAGGGAUACGGAACCGAGGAGGAGUGCGUGCUGUCCGACCCCCAGGGAGAAAGCGACGCGGACGCCGACAUCGAGGACGCCGACUGCAGACUCCAAGAGCCCGGCUCUCUCCAGCGAAUCAGCUCGCGGCGCCGCAAACGGCAGCGCCUGGCACGGCAGGACACCACCGAGAGCGAAGAUGACGGCGGCCUCGCUCACGGCGCGCAUCGCUGGAAUCUGCGGCUCAGUCCCGACAGGACGCGCAGCCGCACCAUUCUGGAAGAGAGCAUCUCGCAGGUGAGGCCGCUCGUCAUCUCCACGUCCGGCGCCGGCAAGCGGGCGCAAGCGGCCCCGCGACCUCGCACGUGCGCCUGGGCGUCGCCCCUCGCCCCCCAGCUGCUCGUCCUCUUGCUCGCCCUCGCUGCCGCCAUCGCAUCCUUCCUGCUCCCGUGGGUCAGAACCUGACGAGCGCGGCGGAGAGUCCGACGGGAUCGCGCGCCAACGUGUUUUCACUUUAUUUGUGUCCGUGUCAAACAUAAGAACGCUCACUUGUCUUACGUGGCAAUUUUGGUCCUAAGCGAGGUCACCCCAUCUUCGAAAUAGACCCGCACUCCCAACAAUGACGACUAUGCAACUCCUGGGUUUGUACCGUGCUAGUUGGCGCAGUGCUGAAGAACGCCCCCCGACGUCCUUGUCCCCGUCUUGAGCGAGCGCCACCAAGACCCGCUUUCAAAUGCGAGAGCAGCAGAUGUGCGCCAUUUUAGAACUUCAUGUACUGUACCUCCAUUGUCCUGAUACGAUUUAUACAAAAUGUUGUUCAAAGGCUAAAUUGUGGUUUGAAUUGUCCUUUUCAGUGUUUACAGGGUCCAGAGUGUUUCAAUAAAAUGACUUUUUUUUUUUUUA